CUAUUCCAAGUCCACUAACCCCCUGCAAUCUUCGAAGCCCUCACAAUUCUCCGCAAGGCCAAAAUGGAUCUCCGCACUCUGAGCUUCCUCCUCCCCCUCUUUCUCACCUCCACCACCGCCUUCACCCCCAACACCUCCUACUUCCUCAGCUGCGGCUCCGCACACCGCGACACCAUCGCCACCGACACCCCCUCUCGCGAUUUCGUCCCCGACUCCCCCUUCCUCUCCGACUCCGCCAAGUCUAGCUCCGUUACCAACACCUCCGCAGCCCCCUCCUCCCCCCUCUACUUCACCGCCCGUAUUUUCACCGGUUCUGCCUCGUACCGCUUCACUAUUAACUCCUCGGGAACCCACAUCCUCCGCCUCCACUUCCUCCCGGUCUCCAACCGUCGCUACGACCUCUCCGCCGCCCUCUUUGACGUUAUCGCUCUAAAACGCUUCGUCCUCCUCGAUGACUUCUCCGCCCCGACCUCCACGGUCCCAACCAUCAAGGAGUACUUCCUCUGGGUCGACUCUGGUGAGCUCGAUGUCACCUUCGUUCCCAGUUCGAGUUCGCCGUUGGCCUUCGUCAACGCCAUCGAGGUCUUCACUGCGCCGGCCUAUCUCAUCAAGGACGAAGAUACACUUAAAGAUAUUGGCCAAGUGACCCAUCAAGCGCUCGAGACUGUCCACAGGAUCAACGUCGGGGGCCCCAAAGUGACUCCAGCCAACGACACCCUCUGGAGGACGUGGAUCCCCGACGAUGACUACCUCCCAUACAAGAAUACCUCCCAGGUGAACAGCACGGACCCCGACCGGAUCAAGUACAAGGUUGACGACACUGCAGAGGUUGCGCCGCCGACAGUCUACAGUACGGCCAGAACCAUGAACAUCCCGAGCUGGAUGCCGGCCAGCAACCCCGAUUUUAACUUCAAUGUCACAUGGAGCUUCCCUGUGGUCGCCGGCUACACGUACUUGGUUCGAACACAUUUCUGCGACUUCAUAGACAACAAUUCAAUCAUCUUCGUCCUCUACGUGGGGAACCUGAAAACUGAGAUACAUUCCAGCUUUCACACUGAUUCUCCUUCGGAAGCUUUCUAUAUCGACUUCGACGCGGAAGGCCCAAGCUCGGGAAUGAUUAAUAUCAGCAUUGGCCGGUCAUUAGAUAGUUCGCCGUGGGAUGCUAACGCCAUCCUCAAUGGGCUGGAAAUCUUCAAAGUGAACGACACGUUCGGCAGCCUCGACGGAAUUCCCAACCAUUCGUUGAAUUCCAGCCGUACCAAGAAGAGCGGCGUGGCUGUUGCAGUGGUAGUCCUCGCCGUUGUUGGUGGCCUUGUUCUUACAAGCCUCCUGUCCCUUGUCUUGGUCUUCAUACGUAAGAGGUGCAGGUCGAAGUCUCUGCCCCUGCCUCUGCUGCCCAGAUAUAAUCUUGACCUUCACAUCCCCCUGAUCGACAUCAAGGCCUCUACUAAUGGCUUCGACGAGAGCCUUGUGGUCGGAAGCGGUGGGUUCGGGAAGGUCUAUAAGGGUGUCCUCGCCGACGGCACCAAGGUCGCGGUGAAACGAGCCAUGCCGGGAUCAAAACAAGGAUACCCGGAAUUCCAGACUGAGAUCCUCAUCCUGUCCAAGAUCCGCCACCGGCAUCUGGUCUCACUGAUCGGGUACUGCGAGGAGCAAUCGGAAAAAAUAUUAGUCUACGAGUACAUGGGGAAGGGACCGCUCAGGACUUACUUGUACGGCUCCGAUAAGCCGUGUCUUUCUUGGAAGCAGAGGCUGGAGAUCUGCAUCGGGGCCGCCAGGGGCCUUCACUACCUCCACGCCAGCCACUCGCACACCAUCAUCCACCGUGACAUCAAGUCCACCAACAUUUUGCUCGACGACAACUACGUGGCCAAGGUCUCCGACUUCGGCCUCUCGAAGCUGAGACCUUCUUGCGGCGAGACCCACGUCACCACGGGAGUCAAGGGCACCUUCGGAUACUUCGACCCCGAGUACUUCAAGACGCAGAAGCUCACCGACAAGUCCGACGUGUACUCCUUCGGCGUGAUGCUUUUCGAGGUGCUUUGUGCGAGGGCGGUGAUCGAUAGGAGCCUUUCGAUGGAGCAGGUGAACUUGGCGGAGUGGGCGCUUCAGUGGCAGAGGAAAGGCCAGCUCGAAAAGAUCAUCGAUCAUAGGCUUGUCGGCAACAUCAAUAGGAAUUCGCUGAGGAAGUUCGGUGAGACAGCAGAGAAGUGUGUCGCAGACUACGGCGUCGAUAGGCCUACUUUUGCUGAUGUGCUGUGGAACCUGGAGUAUGCUCUCCAGCUUCAUGUAACAGAGCUGAAGAGAGAACCACACGAGGAUAGUGGCAUUGUGGAGUUGCUGAUUCCAGUGGCGGCGACGAGGGGAGUGGAAUCGACCAGCUUAAACGUGAAACAGGAAGACGACAUGGCCGGGACGGGCAUGGGGCAAUCGGUCUCCACGGAGAGCACCGUAUUCUCCCAAUUGAUCACCAGUGAAGGAAGAUGAUUUCGACGCCGAUGCAUUCUCAUAUAUGUGCCGGUAAUUGUAUUUCGGCAGUUAGUUUGGCAAGUCGCACGUAGUCCCACAUCAAGGAAAAUCAAGUUUGAUAUCUCCAGUUUAAACUAUAAAUAAGGGUCUGGGCUUUGAAGUCAGAUGUACCAUAACAAAACCUAAUUGUUUGCGUUAGGCAUUUCUUGUUUAGUAGUUUUAUGUGUUUUAUGGCCUAGGAAUAUCUUCCUAAGGCAUUUGUAAUAGUCCCUGCUCCUCCUUCGUAAAUAUGGUGUUCUUGUCUUUUUUUAUAUUUUUA